AUGCUUUCCGAGUCGUUUGUCGCAUCGACUCUGACAUCUGCCAAAACCCCGGCGGCCACGCUCAGAGAUGUAGGGAUCUGCGUGCACGAAGUCCAGCCUUCGUCGAUACUGCGCUCCACCUUCAAGAAGAGCUCGACCGCAGCGAAUUGCCUGGCUGUCAGCCCCGCACAUAUCUUCGCUGCGCAAGCCGAGAAGGCGGUGGUGCAUGUCUACAGUCGGGAAAAAGGCAAUCAGGAGGCGAUCGUACCUUUUCCGGAGCGCAUUCGCAGCAUUGCCGUCGCCGGUGCCAAGUAUGGUGAUGUAUUGGUCUUGGGGACUGAGGGGGGGCGAUUGAUCUUGUGGGAGACCUGUACAGGGCGCCAGGUAGCCACCACGGCCUCCCACCUGCAACCCGUCACCUGUCUAGCGGUUGAUCCCACGUCCAACCUUAUCCUCUCCGGCUCCUCAGACGCAAGUGUACAUGUCUGGUCGAUUCCAGCCAUCCUCUCAUUCUCCAAACCCGCGGUCAGCCGAGACCGACAGCCCCCGAACUCGCCCAUCCGGACCUUCUCGAACCACCGCGCCGCUAUCACGUCGAUCGCCGUCGGGCACAGCAAUGGCCGACACAACAUCGCAGUGUCAACGGCAAAGGAUAACACGGCUGUCGCAUGGGACUACCAUACUGGCCACACACUGCGCACCUUUCUCCUCCCCUUCUCUGCAAAGUGCGUGGCCCUAGACCCGGUCGACCGAGCCUUCUACGUGGGUUAUGAAGAUGGAAGCGUGCAAUCGGUAGACUUCUACCGAAGCCAGUCUGUGCAACAUCCUCUCCACGACGCAUCAGUACAGUCGACUCCGGCGCAGGUAUCCACCGAGGACCGAUGGCUCCCGCCCGCAGCGGACUCGGGCGCCGUGCAUGCCCUGUCUCUCAGCUAUGACGGCACGACACUGCUAUCGGCACACGAGGGCGGCAAGGUGCUAUCGUGGAAUACCGCGCGGCGCAGAUUCGCGGCCUCCAUGGCCGAUUACACCCACCCCAUCACGAAUCUGACAAUGUUGCCGCCCGGCGGUCUGCCGCACCCGGCGCUGCAAGUCAAGCGGGCUGCGCACACCAUCGUCAAGCCGCGCCACGACAACGCCUUCUCGGAUCCGUCGCAUGCGCCGGGCGCCGUGCCGGCCGAGUACCAGUUCCACACUCACCUACUCGCCCCGCCGGAAUCGCGCCCGACACAAUUUUCCCAGGCGCUCACCCACGCAUCGUUCCCCGACGCCAUGAUCGAGGAGGGACUCGCCGAGCUAGCCGCUCUCCGUCAACCUGGCGGCGGGGACUCUACUCAUGGUGUCUCUCCGACUCCCGCAGCAACCGGGAACCCCGAAGAUAUCGCCGCGCACGAGAAUCAGGUCGUGGGUCUGGAAACAGAAGUCUCCCAGCUCAAGAAGCAGGUCUCAGUCAACGAAACCGCCCGGCAUGCCACUGCGGAUGAGGUCGUGCAGCUGCGCUCCGAUCUAGCUCAUAUGCAAGAUUACAUCAACGAACUGCACGAGAAACAGGAGACCGCACAGCGCGAGAAAGUGCUGCGCCAAGCACGGAAGGAGGAGCGCGAGACCCGGCGCCGCGAGGCAUGGUUUGCCGCAGAAAAAAGGGUCGCAGUGGCGAUGUCGCCAUGA